AUGAAGUCUUUUGCUAUCUUUACAUCUGCUCUUGCAGCAGUCGCCAGCACUGUCAGUGCCUCUGUCGUCAAAGGCGCUGCCGAGGGGUUUGCCAAGGGUGUCACUGGAGGUGGCUCUGCCGCAGCAGUCUACCCUUCCACCACUGCUGAGCUGGUCUCGUACCUUGGUGAUAGCACCCCUCGCGUCAUUGUCCUUACCAAGACAUUUGACUUCCGUAACACCGAGGGUACUGCCUCAGACAAGGGCUGUUCCCCCUGGGGCACUGGCUCACUCUGUCAACUAGCCAUCGACAAGAACAACUGGUGCGAGGUUGACACGAACAAUGCGCCCAAGGUCUCUUCCAUAACUUAUGACAAAGCUGGUGAAGUCGGUAUCACCGUCAAUUCCAACAAGUCUCUAGUUGGCCAGGGAAACAAAGGCGUCAUCAAAGGCAAGGGUCUCCGCAUGGCCAAUGGUGUCAGAAACAUCAUCAUCCAGAAUGUUGCUAUCACCGAUAUCAACGCUCACUACGUUUGGGGCGGCGACGCCAUCACGCUCGCUGGCACGGAUAUGAUUUGGAUCGACCACGUUACCACUCAAAGAAUCGGCAGACAGCACAUCGUUCUUGGAACAUCAGCUUCGGGCAGAGUUACCAUCACUAACUGUGACAUUGAUGGGUCUUCUCCCUGGUCAGCUACUUGCGACGGCCGCCACUAUUGGGCUCUCUACUUCACCGGAUCGAACGAUAUGGUGACCUUCAAGGGCAACUACGUCCACCACACCUCUGGCCGUUCGCCCAAGGUCCAGGGUAACACCAUCCUUCAUGCCGUCAACAACUACUGGUACGACAUCGACUCCAAGGGUCACGCUUUCGAAAUUGGUCAGGGUGGUUACGUCCUUGCUGAGGGGAAUAAGUUCCAGAACGUCGCUACUGUCAUCGAGGCCGGUGCCACUGGCAAGUACUUCACCGUUCCCAGCAGUGGCAGCGUCUGCAGCUCCUAUAUCGGCCGCAGCUGUGUCAGCAACGCUUUCGGUAGCUCUGGUGCCUUCUCCUCUGCCGACACCAGCUUCCUCAGUGACUUUAAGGGCAAGAACAUUGCUGCCGCCUCGGCUGCCAGCGCUGUCACCACUGCCAGCGUCGGUUACGGAAAGAUCUAA